AAUAUUUAUUAAAAAUAAUUCUUCUACUUGUUAAAUAUAUUAAUGUAAAGUAUGCUGUAUUAUCGACUAAAUUGAUCGUAGUAUGUAAAGAGGUAAAGUGCACGGAAUUGCCUAGUGUCGAGGAGAAACGGAUACGCAUAGAUGUGUCUGACGGUGUAUUAAAGAUGAUUUGUCAGAAACUGACAUUUUAAUUAAGAAUAUUACAUCGACAGAUUUAUAUUUUUGCUGUAAGCAGAAUUACUAUGUACUCAAGAUUGAAGAGCUAACAAGAAAUCAAGAUGUGUGAUAAUGUCAAUAAUAAUCCGUUUGCUGGUUUAUUUUCAACUGUAAACGACGCUUCGUCGUUCUCGCAAACUCAGACCACUGUUGAUGAAAUCAAUGAUGUUCAAAAAUCUGUUAACGAGGCUGAGCACGAUCAGUCCUUGUCAGAAUCUGAAUCGUUGAAUAUUCCGCAAAGUAAUUCACUCGAAGACAAACUUAUUGAUGAUGUAUUUGGUUUGACAUUGAAGAAGGAAGGAAAGGGAACAUCUGCAAGACAAUUAGUCUUUGUCGAUACAGACUCUAUAGAACAUGCUGUGUUUGAACGACUCAUGUUGCCUGACCCAGAGUCAAAGCUUGUACCUACCAAGUGUCCAAAAGGCAUUGCGUUGGACAGUCAUGUUGUACAAACUCAAAUUGUAUCGUAUCUCUUUGAGAGUUUCUGUAGACUACAGAGAUACAAGGUUGUUGAAGGAAUGUCUGAGACAGUGAGCAACGUUAACCAAAUUAUUUUAAGAAAUGUUGGUACAGCUCUGCAAGAACCUGAGCUAUUCCAAGGACAAGAUAUCCAUGGACAGUACGUUGCACUAUUUAUGGACAGUCACUCAAUUAACCAAGAUUUAUCAUCAUUUACUUGUGGCAUUAUCUCACAAUUGAGCUUGGAGAACAAUGAUUCUUCAGAAACCGUGAUAAGGGCAGUCUUUAGCCCUAUCCUUGAUAUAAUACAUAAAGAAGCAGCCAAGAGUAAUCUCUUGAUUUUUAGACAAUAUUGGUUCACUCUUCUACAAACAUUUGCAUUAUCGGAACCUUUAGCAAAGUUAAUUAUCAAUCAUAGUACUCCAAAAUCUGGUCAAGGUCGAGCAUAUGCAGACACACUGUUGGGCGCAUUGUUCAGUCUUAGUUGUCUUCCUAAGACUAUUGAGGCUCCGUUUGAUUUCUUUGAUAAACCUUUACAACAGCCAAGUGCAGCUGUGGAAGGUAAUAUAUGGACAGCCUUGGAUGCCUUGGGUGAAUCUUUACAUAAAGUUUUCCACUCUCUCUUAAAAUGCUCUGCGGAAUUACGUCAUUUGACGUUACAAUGGAUAGGGAAUUGUUUGCACACAAAUGCAAAUCGCGGUAAAUUAUGGAAUUCACACAGCGAAAUUUCUGUUGGUCCUGCGCUAUCCGUUUCCGAUGGUUUCAUGCUAAAUUUGGGCAAUAUUCUACUUAGACUGUGCCAACCGUUUUGCGCUAAAUUGGGUGACAGUAAAAUACUGAGAAUCGAUCCAACAUAUUGUGCAAUAGAGGCCAAAGAUGAUAAAGAAAGUCGAGUUCGUGGUUUACACAUGAAAGGCAUGACUACAGAAACAUGUCUAAUUCCAACACCCGAGGGAGAAACUCGUCCUGUGGCAGAUUCUUACGGAUUUGUCACAGAAUGCUUCUUCCUGACUCAUCGUGUUUUGGAUUUGGGCUAUCGAGUAGUCUUAGAUAAGCUUAUGAGGACUAAUCAAGACCUAGCAAGAAUACAACGAGUUUAUAACGACGCACAGGUUGGUGGUGGCUCUGAAGUAUUGGAAGUGCUCACUCACAAAAUGGAAAUGGAGAUGACGAAGUAUUUGUCACUAAGGGCUAGUCUACUUGUGCCGGAAAUGCUAAGUCUUUUAGCAAAGUUUCAUGCUACAACUGCAGAAUGGCUAAUGCAAGUCAAUCUGGAUAACGUGAAGAUUCAGGAUGCCGAACGUGCCAGUUAUGCUCCAAAGGAAUUUAAACCUGUCACAUUCCCAUUGCCGGAUGCUGUUCCAGACACAUUAAGGUGUAUUCCUGAGUUUGUAGUGGAAAAUACAGUCGGAUUUUUAUGCUUCUUACGACGACAAAAUCCUAACACUUUUGAAGAGCAGGGCCCAAGCUUUCUAAAUCCAAUACUAACUGAGGUUGUAGCGUUAAUGGAAUCACCACAUCGAUUAUAUAAUCCGCACUUACGAGCGAGACUUGCAGAAGGGUUGGAAGCGCUCUUGCCAUCGACCGAUGACGGUAACAAUCAGGCAGUACAGACUCUUGGAACAUUCCAUAGACAACAGCUUUUCGUUACACAUCCUCAUAGGCAUCAGAUUGUCGCGAACCUGCUUAAUGUUUUCGUAAGCAUCGAGAUGACCGGACAAAGUGUUCAAUUUGAGCAAAAAUUCAAUUAUAGACGACCUAUGUACAUCGUUAUGGAUUAUCUAUGGAAAAUACCUGAGCACCGUCACAAUUUCAAAUUUCUGGCUGAAGACGCAGAAGCAAAUAUGGAGGCAGUACAACCGCCAUUAUUUUUACGUUUCAUUAACUUACUAAUGAACGAUGCUGUAUUCCUUUUGGAUGAAGCUCUCUCGAACAUGGCUCAAUUAAAACAAAUGCUACAAGCAAGGGAAAGUGGGGAAUGGAAUAAACUGCCUCAACACGAACGUGAUCAACAGGCUGGAUAUCUUCAGCAUAUAGGAACGAUAGCUCGAUUUGACAAUAUAUUAGGAAGGGAAACUAUACAUACAUUAAAAAUGCUUACAACAGAAAUAACUUCUAUAUUUUGUCAUCCUACUAUGGUUGAUCGUAUUGCGUCCAUGCUUAAUUACCUACUUUUACAGUUAGUAGGACCUAAUAAAAAAAACUUGAAGGUGAAGGAUCAAAAAGAAUAUGAUUUUAAUCCCGCAAAUUUAGUAUUGAAUAUCUGUGAGAUAUAUAUUAAUCUCAGUAAAAGCGAGACAUUUACACUUGCCGUUUCUCAAGAUGGACGUUCUUACAGUUCUGAACUGUUUAAACUAGCAGAUAACGUUUUGGCAAGGAUCGGUGGAUUCGGCAUUCUAGCUGAUCUAGAUCAAUUUGCAAAGAAAGUAGAGGAAGCAGCACAUCAAAAGGAGGAGGAAGAAGAAAUUCUUAACGGAGCUCCAGAAGAUUUCCUCGAUCCGAUAAUGUCAACACUGAUGACAGAUCCAGUCAUUCUGCCAUCAUCAAGGAUGACAGUGGAUCGUCAGACCAUUGCCCGGCACUUAUUGAGCGAUCAAACUGAUCCAUUCAAUCGAUCACCAUUAACAAUGGACAUGAUCAAAUCGGAUGUCGAACUGCGUAAUAAAAUAGAAGAAUGGAUAGCACAACGAAAGGAAGAGAAAGGUUCCACCAGUAGUGAAACAUGAAUCGUUAUAUCAGUUUCAGCUACUCGUGUACGUGUAUACGAGUGCCUCUGACGAGAAAAAAAAAUCAUAAGAAUAUGUAUACUAUCAUCACUUCGAUUAGUUGUAUAAUAAAGUGUGGGUAAUCGAGAAAGUAAACUAUUAGCAGCAUCUGCGUUUACGUUGGGCUUAUGUAGAAAAUAUUGGCGUUUUAUUUGAAUUGGUUAUAGUCUUAAGUCUAGGAAUAAGUUUUAUUUUUAUUCAUUUUUGUUGUAUGCUUCACUUGUGAUACACAAUUGUUAAGUGCAGGUUAUUUGUUUCGGACUACAGUGUUUUAUGUCUCAUGUAAAUAUGUACCUUCUAUUUUGUAUCGCUUUGCGAAGUUGAGUAGUCUCGUUGAAAACUUGUUACUUGCAUAACGUGCAACUUGCCGAUAUAAAUUUUAUGUAAUGGGAUAUAAUAAUAAUAUUAGCGUCGACCUUCGAUAAAUUCAUAAUAAUUUUUGUCGAUAUAACGGUAAUCCGUUAUGUCAUAAUUGCGUGUAAAUGACUGAAAGAAUAAUCAUUAUUUAAAGUUCUCUGUAGUCAUAAAAUUUGGUGUUGGGUCGCUGUCAUUCUUUAUGGGGGUUAAAUGAAGGGUUGGAGGGAGAGAGAAGUUAGGUGAACUAAAUUAUAGAAAAAAAUCAUCGAGACGUAAAUGUUUGAAAAUAAAUAUUUAUUUCUUUAUUUCAAUAA